AUGGGUCUCCUGACGCAGUUUUCACUGCUCCUGUGGAAGAACUUCACUCUCCGGAAGAGACAAAAGGUGCGGCUGGUUGUUGAGCUGUUGUGGCCCCUGUUUCUCUUCUUCAUCCUGGUGUUGGUGAGGACCACCAACAAACCCAUUUACAAAGGUCAAUGUCACUACCCAAACAAAGCCAUGCCAUCUGCAGGUGUUCUGCCCUGGCUUCAAGGUUUGAUGUGUAACAUCGACAAUCCCUGUUUUGACUAUCCGACGCCGGGGGAGACACCGGGCCAAGUCAAUAACUUCAACAACUCCAUAAUUGCUGGGAUCUUAAUUGAGCUGCAAACCAGUUUGGUAGACCGGUCUGUUCUCAGUAAGGCACGGCUGCUGGUGGAUGAUGCCAACCAGUGGUCUUCUCUCCUGUCUCGGUCCAACCCUGGCAGUGUCACCGUGAGGAGUAUUCUGAAAGACAAUGAAACUUUCACCACGUAUCUGACCCAGAAUUUGUCAGUUCCACCAGCAGUGGUCCGAAGCCUCAUGAACGCUCAGAUCCAAUUCAAUCUUAUGAUGGGCAUGCCAAGGCCAGACAAUGUGAUGAGCAUCCUGUGUGAGGGGACAAAUCUGGAUGAGUAUGUUCAAUUUAGCAGCCAAGCCGAGAGGGAGGCUUUUCAAAAUGUCAGCUGCUCCCUCACUCAACAGCAGCUGAUUAACACCCAGCAAGUCUUCCUGCAAAACCUGGAUGGAAGGAAAGUGCUUUCUGGGCUACCUUCAGCUCUGGACCUGAAUGCAACCGAUACAGUGGCACUAAUGAGGAAAACCACCACCAGUGCAUUACCAGUGAUUGAGGAGGUUGUCCGGCUGCAGAACUCUGCGAUCUUUAAGGCAGCUGAUUCCUUGGAUUUCCAAGAUGACAUGAUGGGAAGUAUCAAUAUGUUACUGUGUGGAAAAAAGCCAGACAUUAAUUCCACCAAAAUGUCCUUCCGUCUACCAUCACCAAGACAGACGGCUAACAACACUUCAAACCUGGGCAACAGUUCUAAUGAUUUCUGUCAGACUCUUAUCGACACCCUGGAGGGCACACCUGGACUGCGCUACAUUUGGAGCGCCUUCAGACCGUUACUGCGAGGGAAGGUCCUGUACGCGCCUGAUACACCUGCUGCUCGUCUCCUGGUGAAAGAAGCAAAUAGCACGUUCAACGCCCUGGCUAUGCUAAAGGAGCUCGCGGAUUCAUGGGAGGAACUUGGGCCACGUGUCUGGGACUUUAUGCAGAACAGUCCUCAGGUCAACGCGUUGCGGACUUUGCUGGCAAAUCCUAUUGUUGCUGAGGCCCUCAACAAGCGUCUCGCUGGCACCAGAUGGUCGUCCAAGCUGCUGGGGAACUUCCUGUACAACGGACCUCCUGAAGACCGUCCAGCUGGGAUGCCACAUUACGACUGGAGAGAUGCUUACAACGCCACUACCGAAAUCUUGAAGCUCCUCUCCAAAUUCCUCGGCUGUUUAGAUCUGAAUAAGUUUGAGGCAGUCGAGACCGAAGGUCAUCUGGUGAACAAAGCCCUGGAGCAUCUAAACAAUGAUACAUUUUGGGCUGGUGUUGUCUUUGAAAACCUCCAGUUAAACUCCAGCCAUAUCCCUCCUUAUGUCAAGUACAAAAUCCGGAUGGACAUUGAUGAGGUUGAGCGUACCAACAAAGUGAAAUCCAGGUCAUGGUCUCCUGGAGCCAGAGACAAUGCCUUUAAUGACCUGCGCUACAUAUGGGGAGGCUUUGCCUAUCUGCAGGACAUGAUGGACCACGCCGUUAUACGCUUGAAAACUUCAAAGACUCAACCUCUUGGUGUUUUUGUUCAGCAAAUCCCAUACCCUUGCUUUGUGGAUGACGUCUUCAUACAGAGUAUUGGAACGGUUCUCCCCAUGUUCCUGAUCCUGGCCUUCAUGUACUCCGUGUGCAUGAGCAUCAAAAGCCUGGUGCUGGAGAAGGAGCUGCGGCUCAAGGAGGUGCUGCGAGCCGUUGGCGUUCAGAGCGGCGCCCUGUGGGCCGCCAGGUUCACAGAGAACAUUGUUCUGCUCACUGUUCCCUGUGCGAUCAUAAGUGUCAUGGUUAAGUACGGCAAAGUGCUCCAAUACAGCGACCCCUCAGUAAUCUUUGUCUUCCUGCUGGUGUUCUGCCUGGCCACCAUCUCUCAGUGCUUCUUCAUUAGCGUCUUCUUCUCAAAGGCCAACCUAGCAGCGGCGUGCGGUGGCCUCAUCUACUUCCUCCUCUACCUGCCGCACGUCCUCUGCUACGCCUGGAGGGACGUCAUGGGUUUCGGGGCCAAGGUCGCCGUGAGCUUACUUUCGUGCGUGGCCUUUGGCUACGGCUGUGAGAAAUUUUCCAAAUACGAGGAGCAAGGCAUCGGGAUUCAGUGGCACAACAUAGGCAAGAGUCCAGAAGAGGGGGAUCGCUACACCUUCAUCGUGUCCAUCGUGAUGAUGCUCCUUGAUGCUCUUUUAUACUGGGUGCUCACGUGGUACAUUGAAAAUGUCUUCCCAGGUCAGUAUGGAAUUCCCAAACCGUGGUAUUUCCCUUUCACUUCCUCGUAUUGGUGUGGGACAGCAUCAGCGCCUGAACAUAACCCUGAUUUGCUGCUGCACUCCACUGCCAAUGACGAAUAUAUGGAGAAACCGCCUCCUGAUAUAAAAGCAGGGGUCUCAAUUCGCAACCUUGUCAAAAUCUACAAGACUGGGAAGAAGCUUGCAGUGGACGGACUGAGCCUGGACUUCUACGAGAAUCAGAUUACAUCAUUUCUUGGCCACAACGGAGCAGGAAAAACCACCACAAUGUCCAUUCUGACGGGACUGUUCCCGCCCACAUCAGGAACGGCUCUCAUCAGUGGAUACGACAUUCGAACAGACAUAGACAUCAUCCGGAAGUACUUGGGAAUGUGUCCACAGCAUAACGUCUUAUUCAACGAAUUAACUGUAGAGGAGCACAUUUACUUCUAUGCCCGACUGAAAGGACGCAGCAGAAGCGAAGUUGAGUCUGAGAUGGACCAGAUGAUUAAAGAUGUUGGUUUACCACAUAAGCGGAAGGAACUCGCUAAGAACUUGUCAGGUGGCAUGCAGCGUAAACUGUCUGUGGCGAUAGCGUUUGUUGGAGGUUCAAAAAUCGUAAUCUUAGACGAACCUACCGCAGGGGUGGAUCCCUACGCUCGCAGGGGGAUUUGGGAACUGCUGUUAAAGUACAAACAAGGUCGCACCAUCAUUUUGUCAACACACCAUAUGGACGAGGCAGACAUUUUAGGAGAUCGAAUUGCCAUCAUCUCCCAUGGCAAGAUGCGUUGCUGUGGUUCUUCACUCUUCUUGAAGAAAUGUUUUGGGAGCGGCUACUACCUAACUCUGGUCAGAAGUGGGACUGAAAAAAUGUCAAAUCAACGACAAAAUAUGACCCAGAGACAUAUCAACGAGAAAAAAACAGAGACGGACUGCCCUUCCAGGAGCAGUCCAGAUGAUGGCAUUGGCAGUCAAACCUGGGACAACUCAGAUCCCACAGAUUUGGCAGCUGUGACUCAGCUUGUGCGGUGCCAUGUCCCCGAGGCUGUCUUUUUGGAGAGCAUCGGCCAGGAAAUCACCUUCAUACUGCCCUACAGUGGAGCCAGAGAUGGGACUUUUUCUGCUCUCUUCCAAAAGCUUGACCUGGCUAUGGCUGACCUUGGCCUGACCAGCUACGGUAUUUCUGAUACCACACUGGAGGAGAUAUUCCUGAAAGUGGCAGAAGACACUGAAGUAGAUGCAGAAAUACCAGCAGCAAAGGAGCCGUUGGUGAGGGACUGGAAGAGAAGCUCCCGCAAAUCGAAGAGAAACAGCAUCGCCAGCGUCCGCAGUAAAAUGGAGCACUUCAAUGGGAUGAGUGAUUUAAAGGAAAGGUUUUCCAGUAAAGUGGCAGAUUGUAAGAAAAGUGCAAGCAUCAAUGGAAGAGGAUCCAUGGUCAUCACUGGGUGGAAGCUGAUCAGAAGGCAGUUUCUGGCACUCUUUAUCAAGCGCUUUCACCACGCCCGAAGGAGCCGCAAGGGACUCAUUGCACAGGUGAUCCUGCCAGCUUUCUUCGUGUGCCUGUCUCUGAUCUUCUCCCUCAUCGUCCCACCAUUCGCUGACUACCCUAGUCUGGAGCUGCAGCCGUGGAUGUAUGGUCUACCUCAAACCACCUUUUAUAGCAAGGACUUGCAAGAGAACGUGGAGGUGUCCAAGGUGGUGGAAACGUUGGUGAACAACCCUGGGUUUGGGACACGAUGCAUGACUGAAGAUCCAAUACCGAUUCAGAACACAACAGACACCCUGCUGAAUUUGACUGGACGAAACAUGACGGACUUCUUGGUCAAGACCUUUGAGCACUUUGGUAAAAAAAGGUAUGGAGGGAUCUCUGUUGGAGCAAUCAACUCACAAGUCCGACUGACCGAAGCAGGGAUCCAAGAAGUUUUGAGGGAUUUAAAAGAUCUAUUCAAUUCCUCUCAGGAUAACGUUACUGAUCAGACGUUCCAGAGGGCUGAGACGCUGUUGAAGAAGCUGGGAACCAGGGACAAUGUCAAGGUGUGGUUCUACAACCAAGCAUGGCACAGCAUGGUCUCUUUCCUAAGUGUGGCCAACAAUGGUAUCCUGAGAGGUAACUUGCCCGUGGGACAGAACCUACGCCAACAUGGCAUCUCCAUCUCCAAUCACCCCCUCAACCUCACCAAGGAACAGCUCUCCUUCAUGGCUAUGGCCACAACCUCGACUGACGUAGUGGUGUCCAUCUGCGUUAUUUUUGCCAUGUCCUUCAUCCCUGCCAGCUUUGUCCUCUUUCUCAUCCAAGAGAGGGUGAGCAAAGCCAAGCAUCUGCAAUUUGUCAGCGGAGUCAACCCAGCUGUCUACUGGUUAGCCAACUUUGCCUGGGACAUGUGUAACUACAUCAUCCCCUGCUUCAUUGUGAUCAUGAUCUUCCUCGCCUUUCAACAAAAAGCAUACGUCUCGCCUCCUAACCUGCCCGCCUUGAUUUUGCUGCUUAUUUUAUACGGGUGGGCCAUUACUCCCAUGAUGUAUCCUGCCUCCUUCAUGUUCAGUGUGCCCAGCACGGCGUACGUGGUGCUGACCUGCAUCAACCUCUUCAUCGGUAUUAACGGCAGCGUGGCCACUUUCAUCAUGGAGCUCUUUGAUGACGACAAUGUCGCCCACAUCAACAAUAUAGUGAAGCAGGUGCUGCUGAUUUUCCCACAUUUCUGUUUGGGCAGAGGGUUGAUCGACAUGGCCACGAACCAGGCCAUGGCAACGCUCUUCAGCAGUUUUGGGGAAAACCGUUUUAAGGAUCCACUGAGCUGGGAAAUGGUGGGGAAAAACCUCUGCGCUAUGUCCAUCCAGGGAAUUGUGAUGUUCACCUUUACAAUCCUCAUCCAAUAUAAGUUCUUCUGCAAACCCAGACUCAUUUCCGUAAAGGCACCAUCUGCGGAGGAAGAGGAUGUUGAUGUUGCCCGGGAACGAAGGCGGGUGUACGAAGGCAAAGCUCAGAACGACCUGCUAACCAUCUAUGACCUCACUAAGGUAUACCCUCGGAAGAGCGCCCCUGCUGUGGACAGGCUAUGUGUGGGCGUACCUGCUGCAGAGUGUUUUGGUUUGCUGGGCAUCAACGGAGCUGGGAAAACUACAACGUUCAAGAUGCUGACAGGAGACAUCCCAGUCUCCAGUGGAGAGGCCUUCCUAAACGGCUACAGCAUACGAACAGAAAUGAGCUACGUUCACCAGAACCUGGGCUACUGUCCACAGUUUGAUGCCAUCAACGACCUUCUGACGGGACGAGAGCACCUGGAGUUUUACGGCAGGUUAAGAGGGGUACCAGAAAACGAGGUUGCCACGGUGGCUGAGUGGGGGAUUCAGAAGUUGGGGCUCGUCAAGUAUGCCAACAAGUCAGCAGGAACGUACAGCGGUGGGAACAAACGCAAACUCUCCACAGCAAUAGCUCUGAUCGGGUGUCCCCCUGUGAUUUUCCUGGACGAGCCCACCACUGGGAUGGACCCCAAAGCACGGCGCUUCUUGUGGGACUGCAUCUUGAGUGUCAUCAAAGAGGGACGCUCCGUCAUCCUCACAUCACACAGUAUGGAGGAGUGUGAGGCACUGUGCACACGCAUGGCCAUUAUGGUUAAUGGUUGCUUUAAGUGCCUUGGGAGCAUCCAGCAUCUUAAAAACCGAUUUGGUGAUGGCUACACGGUGAUCGUACGGGUCGCCGGUUCUCCUCCUGAGCUUAAGCCAGUCGAGGACUUUGUCCAGCAGACGUUCCCAGGCAGUGUUCUCAAGGAGAGUCACCACAACACCCUCCAGUACCAGCUUCCACACGCACCAGGAGCUCUCGCCAACAUCUUUGGCCACUUCACCAGUCACCAGCAGAGGCUUGGUUUGGAGGACUACUCUGUGUCCCAAACUACUCUGGAUCAGGUCUUUGUGAAUUUUGCGAGUCACCAGCAUGAUGAGGACGACUCUCGGGCCUACAGCAACCCGGUGGACAUUUCCGAUGAACUGCCACUCAAUGCAGUGCAGACCUCCAAUGAAGCUAAGACGGUUUAA